GGUGGGCGGGGGAUAGCAAUGCCCGGAUGGAUCGGCUGAAAGUUGUCUUCUUUUCUAGCCUACAGCGCUCGACUUACCCAGACGUGUGCGUCCAGUGCGACAGUCGCACCACUGGGGGAUACACAGCGACGACAAACGAAGGCUAUCAGCUAAGGUUCUGCUCCCCCCAGUGCAGUCAUGCCUACUGGGACGAAUACGCGAAGUUCUCGCAAUCUCCAUCAACUUUAUACAACACACAGCAAGGUACAGGUGGUGGGGUCCCUAGCGCGAGUGGAGGAGGAAGAGCUACUCAAACAGUAACACAAGGAAUUCUAUUUGUAACUCAAAGGAGAACCGGCUUGCCAAAUACCCCACAAUCUAAUUCGGGGGCUCGGCUGUGUCGUCUUCCUGGCUGCACCAAGCCUUGCUACGUCGAGCGAGGCAGAGUCCAUGACUACUGUAGCUAUAGUCACGCAAGCGAGGAUGCAAGAUCACGUCGCACUGUGGAAAUCAUUAUAGCUGCUACUGUUUUAUUCUUUCUCUUUAUUGUACUGUGGUCUUUUCUGUUGUAGAACAUUUGAGCACUUGAGUUUUGCUGACACUGUGCUGUGCUGAAUAACGUUCCUCACCGCUCUGCCGUAAACGUCCCCUAAGCGCGUUACCCCGACCCAUUGAAAAAUGUCGAAGAAGAACAUUGGCCGUUGUGAGCGCCUUUCUUCGCGGCGAGAGAGUAAUAGUAGAAUGUGGAGACUGUCCAUAUCACAAAGUCCUUAGAAGUAUAGUAUUCUUAGUUGACUUGGUAUAAAAAGUCCUGAUGUUCAACUGGUGUCCAACACUCGUUCGUUCAAGGGAAUUGCAAAACGGGACCCGAGACGGGGGAACGAUGAUUUAGCUAGCACAGUAUCCUAGGACAGUUUUCUGAUAGCACCAUUCAGACGAAAAUUGCUUCUGUCGCCGGCUGUGCUCAGCCGAUCGCGGUAUAGCCCACACCCUCCCUCACAAGAGGAGAGAGGUUG